AUGGAUCAAAUACUCAUCCUGAACACAUUCAUACUACUCACCCUAGCAGUCCUCUGCACCCCAAUCAUCUUCCCAAUACUAUCAGACAGUUUAAAAAACACCCCGACUAUCAUCACAAAUACUGUCAAAACUUCCUUCCUAAUCAGCCUAAUCCCCAUAACCAUAUACAUUCACUCAGGAAUAGAAAGCCUAACCUCUUUCUGAGAAUGAAAAUUCAUUAUAAACUUUAAAAUUCCUAUCAGCCUAACAAUAGAUUUCUACUCACUAACCUUCUUCCCAAUCGCCCUAUUCGUCUCCUGAUCAAUCCUACAAUUUGCAACAUGAUACAUAGCCUCAGACCCGCACAUCACAAAAUUUUUUACCUUUCUCCUCCUAUUCCUAAUUGCCAUACUCAUCCUAAUUAUCUCCAACAACCUGUUCCUACUAUUCAUCGGAUGAGAGGGGGUAGGAAUCAUAUCCUUCCUACUAAUUAGCUGAUGACACGGCCGAGCAGAAGCAAAUACUGCUGCCCUACAAGCCGUACUAUACAACCGAGUCGGAGACGUAGGCCUAAUCAUAUGCAUGGCAUGACUAGCCUCCACCAUAAACACAUGAGAAAUUCAACAAAUCUCGUCUCAAGACCAAACUCCUACCCUGCCACUACUAGGCCUAAUUUUAGCCGCGGCCGGCAAAUCCGCCCAAUUCGGCCUUCACCCAUGACUACCAGCUGCAAUAGAAGGCCCAACCCCCGUAUCCGCCUUACUCCACUCCAGCACUAUAGUAGUCGCCGGAAUCUUCCUACUCAUCCGAACUCACCCCCUCUUCCACAACAACCCCACUGCCCUAUCCCUAUGUCUAUGCCUAGGCGCCCUCUCCACACUAUUUGCAGCUACCUGCGCCCUGACUCAAAAUGACAUUAAAAAAAUCAUCGCUUUUUCCACAUCUAGCCAACUAGGCCUGAUAAUAGUCACAAUCGGCCUAAACCUACCCCAACUAGCUUUCCUACACAUUUCAACCCACGCAUUUUUCAAAGCCAUACUAUUCCUAUGUUCCGGAACAAUCAUCCACAGCCUCAACGGCGAACAAGACAUUCGAAAAAUAGGAGGCCUUCAAAAAAUACUACCAACAACAACUUCAUGCAUAACUAUCGGAAACCUAGCCCUAAUAGGAACACCAUUCCUAGCAGGAUUCUACUCCAAAGACCAAAUCAUCGAGAGCCUAAGCACCUCAUACUUAAAUGCCUGAGCCUUAGUUCUAACUCUCCUAGCCACAUCAUUCACUGCAGUCUAUACCAUUCGAAUAACCCUACUAGUCCAAACAGGGUACGUUCGAAUCCCUCCUCUAACCCCUAUAAACGAAAACAACCCAGCAGUCCUCUCUUCAAUCACUCGUCUUGCACUAGGAAGCAUCGUAGCAGGAUUCCUAAUCACCUCAUAUAUCCCACCCGCAAAAACCCCACCAAUAACUAUACCACUAUCCAUCAAAAUUACAGCUCUUGUAGUAACACUACUAGGAGUCGUCCUAGCCCUAGAGCUCUCAAAAAUAACUCAAGCCUUAAUCCUCCCUAAACAGAAUCGCUUCUCAAACUUCUCUACAACCCUAGGAUACUUUAAUCCCCUAGUACACCGAUUCAUCUCAACAAAACUACUAAGCGGCGGCCAAAACAUUGCCUCCCACCUAAUUGACCUCUCCUGAUACAAACUCCUAGGCCCUGAAGGACUAGCCAACCUGCAAAUAAUAGCAUCAAAAACCGCUACCACCUUCCACACAGGACUAAUUAAAGCCUACCUAGGGUCAUUCGCCCUAUCAAUCUUCAUCAUCCUACUAUCUACAUACAGA